GGCUCACGUUCCCUGGGGAGACGUGUUCCUGCAACACCAGCAGCAGCUACGGUUCCCAUGGAGACGGGGCCUGCUCAGCAGAGACCCGCCGCCGCUUAGAGAGCAACUCGCUCAACGAUGUUAAAAAUGGAGAAAGAACUAAAUGAACUUCUUGUGAGGAAAGAACAAGAAUGGAAAGAGCUACAAGCUCGCCAACUCUGUUUUCAGAAGACAACAUUGCAGGAUACCAGAAAGCAGCUUCAAGAAAUGCAUAAAAAAUUCAAUAGGUUAAAAGAAGACUUCACCUAUAAUCUGAAAGUUCUGGAAGAGAGAGACAGAGAACUGGAGCGCUAUGAUGCCAUGUUUACUCAUUUGAAAAUGGCUGAAAAUGCUAAACAGGCAGAAGUUAGCGAUCUUAGGAUACAGCUGGAUAAGCUGCAACAAACACUUCUCAAGGAAACCCAGAAACAAGAGGCUCUGCAGUACCAAUAUCAACAAAAACUUAAAGAACAUCAGUUAGAGAUGGAACGGCUGCACAGUUCUAAGGUUUCUGACAUUGACCAUCACCGUGAGGAGUAUAAGAAGCUGAAACAGCAGUUGGAGAGAAAACUCCAAGAAGUGGAAGAAGAGCUUGCUUUGCAGAAACUGGAGCUGCUAAUGGAAUUUGAUGCAGAAAUUAAAAAGAGAGAACAUGCAUUUCAACGGCAGGCAGAUGAAAUGAGUAAUUUAGUGCUUUCUCAUGAACUCAAGGUGAAGUUGUUGACCAGAGAACUGGAGGCUCUGAAAGAGGCUGGGAUGAAAGCUGCAGAAUCAUUGCAAAUCGCAGAAACUACUAAUUUGAAGUUGGAGAAAGAGGCCAAAUGCAAGGACUGGGAACUUAAAGAUCUUGCAGCUGUGAAAGAUGCUCAGAUACAGGAUUUAGAAUGUAAACUUCAUUUAGUAUACCAGACCUGGCAAAAAGAAGAGGAAACAUUUAAGAGAAAACAUGAGGUGCUAGAUCGUUUUGCCAAGGAAAAGGAUGCAGUAUUGGCUUCAGUGAAAGAAGUCCAUGCUGACCAAAUACAGAAGGGGGAAAAUCAGAUAAGAGAACUGCAAAUAAGUCAUGAAACUCUGGAAAUGGAGCUAUGUAGAAGGGAAUGGAGGCAUGCAGAUUGUCUGAAAGAGAAAGACACUGUUAUUGAAAAGCUUCAAGGAGAGCUAACAACACUGAAAACAAGCUGGGAUUCUCAUCUAGCUCAGAUCUCCAAAGAGACUGUUUCUAAAGACCUUCAAAUUCAGUCAUUGCAUGAGGAGGAGAUGAAGCUGAGGGCAGAAUUGACCAGAUUCCAGCAGGAUGUAGAAAGGUAUAAGCAGCAACUGUCUCUGGCAGCAGAACGAGAGCAGAUUCUGGAACGAGCUAAAGUGCAAGCAGAACUGGACUGGCAGCGGCACUGUGAAAAUGCUGAAAGAAAUCAAUAUCAGAAAUCAGAGGAUCUAAUACAGAGCCUGUCAACAGCAAGGGACCAGGUUACAGCUCAGCUACAAGAGAAGGAACAGAAGCUGUGUGAAAUGGAAACAGUCCUGUCUGCUUUGACCUUUGAAAGAGACCAAGCAGUGCAGGCACUUCAGAAACAUGGUAUAUUGCCUGAAGGAGAGAAACAGAUGUUUCUAGGUGAUGAUAAAGGAGUUCUUGGAAAAGAUUUUUCUGCCACAGAGAUCCAAAGAUUAAAGGAACAGAACACCAGCCUGCGGGUUGUUAUUGCAGAAAUGAGGAAAGAAAUGGAGAGACUCAGUGAUCAGACACCAUCCUCGUUCCCCAGGAAAGAAAAGAUACAAUACGCACAGCAAACUGCCACUGAUGCUAAGGCUGCUACAGUCAUAUUUACUCCUGAUUAUGUUCAAUCCCUGGAAGAGGAAAUAAGAAAGUUAAAGCACAAAUAUUGGAUAAUGGAAGAGCAACUAGAAAAGGCAUCUAAAUUUUCCAAAAAAUCAUCUGCUCCAUCCCAUGACCCAUCCAGCACUCAGCACCACUCAGCUCCACCCAUCACUCAGCUCCACACCCACAAUUUCCAGGAAACUAGUGGUGCAAUUUGUGCUGAUGAAGUUUUCUCUGGAGCUCCUUUGAAGAAGCUGGAAGCCAGAACAGCACACUUGGACUCCAUGGUAACACAGCACAUACAAAAGGGUUCAGUGAUUAAAGGGCUUCAAGAAGAGAUUGUAGAUCUCAGACAACAAUUAUCAGGGGUGGGGUCAGGCGAUGGCCCCCACCAGUGUAUGAAUUGUUCUGCACAGGAGAUGCAGAGUAAACUGAAGGAAGCAGUGAGAAAGAUCUCUAUUCUGAGCCAAGAAAAGCAGCAACUAAUUGAAAUGGGAAACAGACUUCGAGCAGAACUUAGUGUAGUUUCAAAGGAAGGACUUCAGCAUUACACUAGCUCUAAACAGGGCCCUGUUCGUACUGUUUAUGGUGCUCUGUAUCCUAAAGAGCUUGCCCAUGAAGCACAGCAUCGAUUCUCAGCUUUAGAGCAUUUACAGUACCAGCUUACCACACAGGAGCUCCAGUAUGCACAGCGACAACGUUUCUCAAGAUUGACUUCUAUGAUUACGUUUCCUAACUCACUAGAGAGCUUAAGUGGUGGAAAUGUUCCAAGUAGCGGUGGUGAGGGAGCGGAACUACCACAGAUUCAGGUUCAAAUGGAAUCUUCUAUUAGAAAUUGCAGUCCAGGGCAAAAAAAGGAAUGUACAUCCUCAGAAACAAACCAAUCACAGCAACUCAGUAGGGAGAGCACUAGCCAAUCCCAACAGGCCUGGAUGUCAUCAUCUGGAGUACACAGCUCCCUCCAGGAUAUUUGGCAGAUUCUGGAUAUGGGAUCAAGCCCUUCUAUUCUCAGCCCUCAAAGCAACAUAGAUCAAGUAGAGUUCAAAGCUACCCACAUAGCCAAGAAGUUUGAAGAGUCUCAGCAAACUAUUGAAACUGGGGAUCGAGAAAAAGCACCAGCUGCUGACUUGACAGUCAAAGGAACCAACAUUGAAGUUCAACCAAAGUUAAUAGCCAACAAAUCAUCUCGGACUCACCCCAUAAAGUCAAAAGUCUCCCACCAGAUGCAAAAAAUCCGGAACUACAAUGUUAAACAUUGAUUUCUUUGACAGUUAAGAGCCUAAGAUGGAAGAAAGACUUACUGAAUCACCUGCACUUCUUCCUGCAGCCCAUAGGUGCUCCUUGAAGGCCUCCUGUCCAAAUUCUGUGUCUAGACAACCCUGCUCAGUUUGAGAUCUGAAAGGAACACAGUACAGCGUAGCUGUAGGCAGCUCAAUAAUAACUUGAAAAAAUUGUUCAAUGUUCUGUUCAAAAAUGUUUUGCUUUAACAUAUAGAUAAUAUGAAUGGUAUUACAAAUAAUAAAAGUAAUAAGUUGCAUGCUUAGUAGCCAUUAUUUCAUUGUGCUUUUAUUAUGUACGUACUGGAUUUGAGGUGUCCUCUGUGCCCUUUCCCAAUUUAUUUUGCUUGAAGGUCCCA